AGAGUGGAGGCUGUUAUAGCAGCAAAGGGGGGAACCAACUCCAUAUUAAUACCCAUAAUUUUAGAAUGAGAUUAUUGGACGAGCAGGUUUCCACAUACUGUUGGUGAUGUAGUGUAUGAUGAGCUAUUCUAUAGGUCACUAAGGUCUUGUUGUUACUCUGUGUUGAUGGUUUUUGUUGCUAUGAGGGAACACAUCCACAAAGGUCAUUCUAAAACCUACUGAAUAAGUCUCUUCAAUGAGGAGAAUAAAGAGGGUAGGAGGGAGGAAAAACACAAACGCUACCUCUCCUCUCCAUGAAAAACAAGUGUGCUUCUCAUUUAUAAAAGCAUGCCUCUGAUGUCCAUGUCUCACUCACUUCAACCAAUGUGUUCGUCAUAGUGACGUUAUGAUCGAGCUUCUCUCUCUCUCUCUCUCUCUCUCUCUCUCUCUCUCUCUCUCUCUCUCCCUCUCCCUCUCCCUCUCUCUCUCUACCUCUCCCUCGCUCUCUCUCGGUUGAGAACAGUGCGUGCUUCAGAACCCUGAGAUAGAAGGCUGUACGCAGCGCCGGUACCGGGACGCCGCUCCAACAGAUCAACACUUGAACAGAGCGACAGAGUGGAAACGGUCGAACGACUAUGGAUGCGUCCUACUCGAUUUUUUUUAAACUCUUCUUUUGGUCGUAGUGUAAUGUAGACUUCAAGGGAUUCGAUUUUUCAAAGGGAUUAUUGUUAUUUUUCCUUUGAUUUGUAAACUUUAACAACCACUUUUUUUUUUUUAAAUCGGAAGGGAUUCAAACCGCAAUAAUGAAUGAUAUUAAACUUGCGGUUUUGGGAGGCGAAGGAGUCGGGAAAUCAGCUCUCAUCGUUCGAUUCCUGACGAGGCGAUUUAUCGGCGAAUAUGCAUCAUCAUCAGAAUGCAUAUACAGAAAGCGUCUGUCUAUUGAUGGUAGACAGCUGAAUCUAGAACUCUAUGAUCCAUGCUCACAGGCCUGUGAGGGGAAGUUAACUCUGACCGACCAGAUCCACUGGGCUGAUGGCUUCAUAGUGGUCUAUGACAUCAGUGACCGCUCCUCCUUCAUCAAGGCUAAAGCCGUAGUACACCUGAUCAGAGAGUUAAACCUGGGAGUGGCCAAAAGGGAUGCAGACACUCUGGUGUUCCUGGUGGGGAACAAGCAGGACCUGUGCCACGUGAGGGAGGUGCGUCGAGAGGAAGGCCAGCGCCUGGCAGCAGAGUCCCAGUGCCAGUUCUACGAGCUCUCUGCAGCAGAACACUACCAGGAGGUGGUCCUCAUGUUCUCUAAGAUGGUCCACAACGCCAGCCUGGGGGGCAAGGCCAAGGAGAGGAGACGGAGACCUAGUGGCUCCAAGUCCAUGGCCAAACUCAUCAAUAAUGUCUUCGGGAAGCGGAGGAAAUCAGUGUGAAGGGGAGAUAGGAGGGUCAAGUGUUACCCCGGGACUAAGAGGCCUUGUUACUUUGUUUCUCCCCUUGGGACUGUUGUUGAAUGGUGAAAGGGAUUGUGGGAAAAGGUCAGUAACGUUGAAUGGACCCACCACCAACAACAUGGGCUUCGCCUACCUACUUACUUGCGGUUGCUAUUAUUACUGUUGACCAUGAAAAUGGUUGGAAAAGGGUCAAUAACAAUUAGACCCCCACCAACCUACACUCCUCUGGUUGCCAACCACCAAGUGACAGCUCUGUGUGAGAUGUGGUACAAAUGGUACUACACUUAUAACAGAGCUUAUUGGACUGAUAGGACUGCUGCUGAUUAAUGACUUUAUACACACACACACACACACACACACACACACACACACACACACACACACACACACACACAUAUGUACAUGAUAUCACAGGGAGACUCCAUUAUUAGCUAUGUAAAGUAAAUGAUACCACAGGGAGACUCCAUUAUUAGCUAUGUAAAGUAAAUGAUACCACAGGGAGACUCCAUUAUUAGCUAUGUAAAGUAAAUGACACCACAGGGAGACUCCAUUAUUAGCUAUGUAAAGUAAAUGAUAUCACAUGGAGACUCCAUUAUUAGCUAUGUAAAGUAAAUGACACCACAGGGAGACUCCAUUAUUAGCUAUGUAAAGUAAAUGAUACCACAGGGAGACUCCAUUAUUAGCUAUGUAAAGUAAAUGAUACCACAGGGAGACUCCAUUAUUAGCUAUGUAAAGUAAAUGACACCACAGGGAGACUCCAUUAUUAGCAAUGUAAAGUAAAUGAUACCACAGGGAGACUACAUUACUGGCCCUAUUGCCUCUACUGCUCAAUGCAUGCCACAGUGGCAGACACAGUCCAUUUUUCAUACAUCUUUCAUUAUGACUGAAGUGUGUUCCAAAUAGCACCCUAUUCCCUAUAUGAUGCACUAUGUUUGACCGGAGCCCUAUGGGCCCUUAUUGAAAAGUAGUGCACUAAAUAGGGAACAGGGUGCCAUUUGGGAUGCAGACUGAAUACUGCUACUGAAGAGAGCCAGUAGUUUGUUGGCAUGGAGGUUGUUUUGGGGGAAAUUCUUCCUGUGGUUACUGUUUCCAUGGAAAGGUAAUGUAUCAUAAAAUAAUGAAUGUUUGUCUGUUUAGUUCCAUCUUCAUGUUGUUAAUUGUUCACUGGAAUAAAGUCUUAAUUAUAAAGUCAUAAUAUAAUGUAAAACUAUAAUAAACACUGUAAUCAAG